ACGAGUUUUUUUCAAAAUCGGUGUGUUUUCAUUAAUCAAACUUAUUUCUAAAUUGUCAAAUUGCACAAUUUUAUGGUUAGUAGAAAUACAGCCGCAUUUCCAUUUAACAUUUGGAAAGUAAAUUUGCUUAGUGGAAACAUGCUAAUUUUGGGAAAAAAUACAAACACAUUUAUUGAUAAAAACCUUCUGCUCUAGCUGUAUUGAAAUUAGUGUGUUUCGCAAAACUGCAAGAGAAACAGUUUUUCCGCAUCACACAUGUCACAACCAGAUCCAGAUGUUGCCACUGGUGCAAACCAUGAAGUAGACAACGACAGUCCAAACGAAAAAAGUCCAAAUCCAAAAUAAAAACUCAUAACGAAACCAGCUGGUGGCAGUAACUAGAUAUGACUGAGAGCUGGCAUAUGGAGAUAUUUAAGCAGACGAGCUGAUUAAUAAACAAGUGCAGGGUUUCCCCCUGUAUAUUAUAGGCCUGGCGGCCCACCAUGCUGACAGGAAGAAGUUGGCUGCAUGUUUUUAAUGACUUAUCGCAUCAACAAACUUAUUCACGUGUGAUUUCAGUUGCGUUUCUUAUUCAAUAAAAACAUUGCAAUUGCGAAAUUGCAGGGUGGGGGGUUUAUAUCGACAAAGUUUUGUGCAUAUUUGGAAAAAUCUCUUACUUAGUGUGAACGGCUGUCUGCCACAGUUGACUGGGGGUUUGAGAAGACAGAACUAAGAACACUAAGAAAGAAACAGAUGAGAUGAUCCAGGUGUACUUUUCAUGUUAAAGAAAAGUAAAAAGGUAAUGGCAGUAGUAGCUCCUUUAGUGGUUUCAUCACGGAGAGGAAAAUAUUUUACAGAUAAGCUUUUAAAGUCUUUAGAGGCUUUUUGACAAAAGCUCUGAUCACAGCUUUGUCCAUGAGAGAGACAGGCUUUAACAACAAUAACAGGGUUUGUUUAGGCAGUAGCUCCUUCGGUUGCUUUUUGUAGAAGACAGACAAGGUCAACCUCUGAAAGACAGGGUCAAGAGCAUCAUCUAUAGGAGAAGGUGAAGUUAUUGGCAGUAACUCAGCCGAUGUGGCACAGCUAAGCAGAUCAGGCCAGAUGUAGCUUCUACAAAAAGAGAACAUAAAGUUGAAAUAACAGUAAAAAAUAAACAAAGACCCAUUACAUCCAGUUCACAGUUAUCCCCCUAUCUGCAUGUAUUUAUCUAUUUAUUGUGUUGUGCUGGAGGCAGUCAGUGUCUGGCUUGGAUGCCUGUUUUUAUGAGAUAAGCUUUUAAUCAAAGGAUUAAAAAUGGCUGUCAGAAAAUUGUUUCUGGACCAAAUCCCAGCAGCUUUGGGAUGAAGACGGACCCAAAUGUGAAUUUUUUUUACAUUUUCUUUUUUUCUUUUUUGUGUUAAAAUGCACAGCAUUGCACAAAGCCAUAAUUGAAAAAUAAUAAACAAAUAAAUAAAUAAGCGACUGGCUAAAAAUCUAGUUGUUAAGAGAGUGAAUGAAGCAAAGGCAUUUUUUGUCAGAAUUACACUUUCUGUUCUAAGUGUAAUUCUAAAGAUGAACUGUCACACAACCUUUUUUUAAAUAUCAUGUACUAAUAAAAAGUCCAGAUUGAUUUUUUUUUUUAAAACUCAGAUUAAAAAUUCCAGUCAUUCUCCAGUUUAUGGCUUAGUGAUAUUUUCUGUGUCAUCUCUGAAUAAAUGCUCUGAAUGAGAUCUAGUAAAACGUGUCCUCCUUUCUAUAUCCCCUGUUGAUACGCUUUACUCUAAUAUUUUGGCUCCUUUUUUAAUUUGUGUAACCACUCUUAGUUAAUGGCUGCUGCUGGCAGUGCAUAUUACAUUUGGCUCAUUAAAACCCAUCUGGAUGAUGUCAUCGCUGCGUUCAUACGGCCUUUGUGCUGUGAGGUUCUUGUGAGCACAGAGAGAAAAAUAGAAACAGAAACAGGAUGUGAAGUAGAACUAAAGCCUGAUGGGAUUUGAUGUCAUUUUACUAUUUGGUUCUGACUGACGUACUUGAGACACUAAGGAGCAAAAUCUUAGAGCCUUUCUAGGAUUACAACACGGUUACUUCAUCCCAAGGACUAAACAGAGCAACACAGGGUAAAAUGGUGUGGUGUAUGCAGCUCUGGGUCAGAACAGUCAGCUGUCGGUUCAGGACUCAGCAGUUCAGCUACGUCUCAAGGACAAGGAGUUCAUGACGGUACAGUCUCCAUGUUGUUUGAAAGAGGAGUGAAAGAAGCCAUCUUCAUUACAUAUGGACACCCCACAUUAACAGAUCAGGCAGCUUCACCAAUUUAUUUCUUUACUUAAAUUAAAUUCCAUUUAUUUUUGUCACGCCGGCUUGGUUCACCACAUACAUCGUCACAAGGGACUGUACAGAAAAAGGCAAUUCAAUCCGUUCAUAUCAAGUCAGAUUUGAAGUAUGUAGGAUGAAAAAGUGUUUGCCCCAUCUUCACUUCCUUUUUUUAUUUUUGCAUGUUUGUCACUCUUCAGUGCUUUAAAACAUCAAACCAAUUUAAAUAUUAAUCAAAGAUAAUAAAAUGUCUUCAUUUGAAAACAAGAUCCAGUUUUCAAAUGAAGGUGUUUGUUAUUAAGGGCAAAAAUGACAUUUGUGAAGAAUUAUUUUCUUCUUGCACAAUUGAAAAAGAAAAUAAUGGAAAUAUGUCACAACAAAAAAGUUGGAGAAAACAGCUAUGUGUAUAUUAGUUAUUUAUAUUCUUUUAGCAUCGUAGAAACAUAAAAAACACGGCAGAUCAAGUUACUGGGAUUUUAAAACCUAUUAUCUGUUCUCUGUUGAGCUGGAAGCUGGUGUAGAGAUUUUAAGAUGAGUGAUGUUCAAACGUCUUGCUGCAGUGUUCUGCAUGAACUGAAGUUAGUUAUAUGACUGGAGAUUCCAGCAAAAAGAUGCUCUGACCUACUGGUAGCUGUGAACCUACAGCUACCAGCUGGAACCUUCCAGAAUGAACUUUAGGUGCUUUUGUCCUGCACAAUCUGCAGAAGUUAGUCUAACCUUUAACACAGAUCAAAGACAAAUACAGAGACACAAGGAGGCUUUAGUCACAGUUCAAAGAACUGAUAUGUGUGUGUGCGGGGGUGGGGGGCUGCGUGUGUGUGUUUGUGUGCCUGAGGUUAUGACUGGUGGAGAAAGCUAUGAGAGGAAAGAAGGAGAGAGUCGAUGAUACAAAACCCUGACUUCAGACUUUAACGGAUUAACCUCGGAGCUCCCAGCUGUCUCUGAGAAAAAAAACUGCAAGCUGACUUCUGGAGGGCCGUGAUGGAGGGAGUUAGAGCAGCGGCCCAGCACGAAUGCUAACACGUCCUGCACGAACGUCACAUCAGCAACACCUUCUAGAGCGGUUCACCAGAGAUCUGACCUCCUUUAAAAUACUCCUGCACUGAUGAUGUGAAGAAGUCAAUCACAGGUGAGAAAUGAGUGUUUGUCAGGCAGUAUCUGAAGGUCACCUCAUGCGUGUGGGCACUCACACACGCGUACACACAACUCCCCUGAAACAGCAGAAUUUAACCCACAGAAGGAGAGACCUGCCUUCUGUUCCUGUAGUAUUGAGUUUUCCUGGUGUGGAAUGCUGCAGAGCAGAACUUCCCUAUGGCUCCGCUGGAGUUAGUUGUGUGUGAAAUAUAGUGACAUGGUCAGAGAGCUGGUGUGUAUCGACCUGAGAGUUCUUGAGGGGAAACCCACUUCUUACAUCCUCAAUAUGGAUGCUUUCUUUGAGAAGUUGUGUCUUGUUUUGGCAUCCUCCUUCUCUGCUUCCAAGAUGUCGAGCCAAUCAUCACUCAGCAGUGACCGACUUAAUGACAGUGAAACUGCCUUUUUAGCUACAUGGCCUCCAUACACAAUGUCUGGUUGUUAAGGCUUAAAUGUGUGUGUGUGUGUGUGUAUGCUCUGUCUUCUCAAACCCCUGGUCAGCCAUGGCAGAUGGCUGCUCACACUCAACCUGGUUCUGGUUCUGCUGGAGAUUUCUUGCUGUUAAAAGGAAGUUUCCCCUUUCCACUUUUGCUACAUGCAUGGACAGUGUGAGGAAUUGCUGGGUUUCCUUAAGUAACUUUCCAACUAUUUGAAUUAUGAUCUGAUCUUGGGUGUAUUUGUUUAAUGAGUAGGAUUGAACUGGAAUAAUGUAGCUGACUUUGAAACCAUCUGUAUUAGAUUUAUUUUUGCAUAUAAAUUUGAUCUUAUGGGGCCUUGAAAGUAGCUUGGAACAACAUCUGUUUUAAAUUGGUGGUAUGAAAAAACUGAGUUGAAUGUGUAAAAAAAUAUUAGUACACUGAGAAAAGCAUACACAAACAAAUCAUUACCUGUUUACUUUAAGUUGCAUUUGUAAGUAAAACAUUUGAAGUAAUGCUGUAUUUUUUCCCAAAGUCUUUUUUUAAAAUUGCCAACCAGUUUUCACAGUGCAUGCCUUAGCAGACGGAUACUUAUGAAAAAUUCAUUACAAUAAAAAGAGUGGGGAGCAGCAGCCAAUUCAUUGUCAUUAUAUAUUAAAUCUAAAUUGAAUUCAGUAAUAAAUGUCUCAUUUCAGUUAACAGCGGUAUCGCCUGUCACAUGUUCUGACGCCUAAGCAGAAGGGGGCGCUAAAGCAAUAAUAAUGAGACACUUAUAUUUGUAUAUCUAGAGAUUUAUAUGUAGUUUUUAUUCAAAUUUGUAAAUUCAGUAAACAGUUCACAUAAUUGUAAAUACUGGCUGCUGUUUCUGACUGACAGGUAAUUAAAAAGAGGGGAAAGAAAUUUUUGAAGGCCCACCCUCUCCAGCGGAGCUACUUCCGCUUCCUACGGAGCUCCGCUAGAGUCUGCAGUCAGACUCCUCUCUCUCCUCGGAGCGGCUCCACUGCCUGUGUUUCUGUCUCUGUCUCCCUCUCUGUCCCCCUGACAGCCCGCCCGGCCGGGACCAUAACCAGACACGGUGAGGUGGGGGGGUUCUCUAUAACGGAACAAGCCGGUGUUUCCUCCGUUUCCACCGGGGUGCUCCUGUCUCCGGAUUGGGGCUCCGGACUGGCGAGCUGAUGAUGCCUGAAUGAGCUAACCUCCGGACUGUCCUCACAGAGCCGCACAGGCAACGUCGUCACUGGGACUGGGACUGUUAGUGGGACUGCAGGUCAUCGCUUGGCAGUUAAUGUUUUGCCACUUCCCUCUGAGGUUGGAGGCCAGUUGGAGUUGGGCGCUGGGUCCUCAGUGGCUGCAGUGAUGCGAGCUUCUGUGGUGGGCUGCAGGAUGAGCUUGGGUGCGCUAAUUAACGGGUUGCUCGUCUCCGUGAUUGCAGCAAUGCUUUGGAAGUACUCCAAGCUAAGCGAGCACGCAGCCUCCCUGGAGGAGGAGUUGCAUAUGACACAGCAGUCCAAGGAGCUCUCUCAGGCCCGCAUCGACUACCAUAUUGCCCUGCAAUCUCUCCAGGAACAUGGCACCCGCAUGGUGUGUACUGGCAAGAUGCACACCGACCGCAUCUGCCGCUUUGACUAUUUGUGCUACUCCUCUGAGGCAGAGGAGUUUGUAUUUUUCCACUCCAACUCCUCUGUCAUGCUGCCUAAUCUUGGAUCUAGGCGCUUUCAACCUGCCCUACUAGAUUUGUCCUCAGUAGAGGAUCACAACACCCAAUAUUUUAACUUUUUAGAACUCCCAGCUGCCGCUUUAAAGUUCAUGCCCAAACCCGUUUUUGUACCAGAUGUGACUCUGAUCCUCAACAGAUUCAAUCCGGAUAACCUUAUGCACGUAUUCCACGAUGAUCUUCUUCCAGCCUUCUUUACCAUGAAACAGUAUUCAGACUUGGACGAUGAGGCACGUCUCGUGUUCAUGGAAGGCUGGGGUGAAGGGCCACACUUCGACCUCUAUCAACUUCUCAGCAGCAAGCAGCCACUUCUUAAAGAGCAGUUGAGGAACUUUGGAAAGCUAAUGUGUUUUACUAAAUCUUAUGUUGGUUUAUCCAAAAUGACCACCUGGUACCAGUAUGGGUUUGUUCAGCCACAGGGGCCCAAAGCCAACAUUUUGGUUUCAGGGAAUGAGAUCAGACAUUUUGCCAAGGCUUUAAUGGAGAAAAUGAACAUAACAAGGCAGGACGAGGCAGAGAAGGAUGGAGGAAGCUCAGAGCAAGAGAGGGAGAGAGACAAGAAAGAUGAAUACAUCGCUGUGUUUAGUCGCUCAACAACAAGAUUAAUUCUGAAUGAAGCAGAGCUAAUAAUGGCCUUAGCCCAGGAGUUCCAGAUGAGAGUGGUUACAGUAUCCCUGGAGGAACAAUCUUUUCCUAGUAUCAUCCAGGUGAUUAGUGCUGCUUCCAUGUUGGUCAGCAUGCAUGGAGCUCAGCUUAUCACCUCAAUGUUUCUCCCCAGAGGUACAACUGUGGUAGAGUUGUUCCCCUUUGCUGUGAACCCAGAGCAGUAUACUCCAUAUAAAACCCUCGCCACUCUACCAGGCAUGGACCUUCACUACAUUUUUUGGAGGAAUUCUAAGGAGGAAAACACUGUCACCCAUCCAGACAGACCGUGGGAGCAAGGCGGGAUUGCCCACCUAGAAAAAGAUGAGCAGCAGCGCAUCCUGGCAAGUGCGGAUGUCCCAAGGCACCUGUGCUGCCGGAACCCAGAAUGGCUUUUCCGGAUCUACCAGGAUACUUUGGUAGACAUUCCGUCAUUCCUCGAGGUCCUCAAAGAUGGCAUGAAGAGUAAGCCUAGCCUGAAGAAAACAAAAACUGCCAGCACAGUUCACCCUGGCCGGGUCAGAGAAGCCCACUGUCAGACAUCAGUACAAACCCCUAAUGAGGCCAAACUCACAGUCUCUUGGCAGAUCCCGUGGAAUCUAAAGUACCUGAAGGUCAGAGAGGUUAAGUACGAGGUAUGGAUCCAGGAGCAGGGAGAAAACACCUACAUGCCUUAUAUCCUUCCUCAACAGAACUACACUUUCUCUGAGAACAUAAAGCCCUUUACUACCUACCUGGUGUGGGUGAGGUGCAUCUUUAACAAGAACCUCUUAGGUCCGUUUGCAGAUGUUCUGACAUGUCGGACCUAAUAAACACAGGGCCACCCUGUCAAUUUCUACAACCUCACUGGAAGGAGCUGCUUGAUUAGAUUUUGAUUAGUCUUGGUAAAUAAAUGUCUGUCCUGGAUCUUUGCAGUUCCAGGACAGACAAAGCCGACAUGAAGACUCUCUCCGUCUUCACUGGAGGACUCCUCUACUACUGGGUGAUGAAAACUGAAAAAGUUUAUUUAUUACAUUUUCAAACGUCUCUACUGAUAUUACAAGAACUUAAAUGAGCAGAUGUAUUUAUGAGAAGAAUAUUAUGAGAUUUUAGGAUUAGUCUAUACACUGGAUUCUACCUUUUAGAGUAUGCAAUGUAGCUUCUGUGUUGUAGGUGAAAGAUGUUACGUAGAUAAGCAAGGUUUUUACAUUUUUCUGACUUGUCUAAAAUGUGUGUGCAAACGGAUGAUUCCACAAAUUACUCAUAAUAUACACAAUCCAUCCAAAAUCAAACCAACUUGUUCUAUAUACUAAGUUUAUACCUGCUGCAUUUAUUUCUAACUUAAAUAAACUUUGUUUCAUCAGUCAGAUGGUUUGGAAAUGUACACAGUCAGUCCUUUAAAGUAUUUGGGAAAAUUUUCAGUAACAGAUUUUAGCCCAUGCCAAACAAAUCCUUCUUUUAAACUCUAUGUUCAGAUAUGUGUAAAACACUGCCUAUUCUUAGCUUUGUUAAAUGUUAUAAUUUACCUUGAUGUGAAAAGUACAUACCUCCAUAUCUGCUUCAGUGUUUUUUUUUCUUGUCUCAUUUAAAUAUUUCAAAUCAUCAAAUAUUAAUAUCUGAUCAUUAAAAAAAACAGACUGAAUACAAAAAAGUUUGCAAGUAAUGGUUCCAAAAGUAUCCAACCCAACUGUUUACCUACCAAACCUAAUGACUGUUUCUUCCGCCCUUACCAACAACUGCCAUGAAGAGUUGUUCAUACCAGAAGACUGGUAAUGAGUCUUUUCAUCACUGGAAUCUAGACUUUAACUUGGCCACUCCAAAAAGCCUUUUUAAAAGCAUCAAUAAAUUGACUUGCUAGUGUGUUUUGGAUCCUAGUUCUGCAGUUUGUGCUUAAGUUCAAUAUCACACACUGAUUGCUAGACCUUCCAGCAUUUUCCCUACCAUUAUCCAAGGGAGGCGCCCCACCAACAUGACCAGCCGUCCGCCCAUAGAAGAAUGACAUAGGUGUUCACAGUUAGGUCAGAUCACAUCAGGACAUCUUUCUGAUUGUACGUGGUUGCUCUGCUACUUUCAACUCUAAUCCUAACCCUACCCCUACUUUCAACUCUAAACUCUCAAACUAGGUUUAUAGUUAACUGAUUAGCCUACGGUAACCUUGCGCGGUUGUCAGGGCCCUGCUCGUGCACUUCCGAACUUUUGUAACUUGGCGUGGGGUCGCUCAUUUGGAGCAGGUUAACCUGUACCGAUAUUUAUAAGAACCCUCUACUAGGGCUCAUUUUUGGAAAAUACUACACAUCUAACAUAAAAGCCACACUGCUUGCUUGGCAAACUUAAAGUGUAGACUCAGCAUCCUGAACGCCUCCCUGGUGAGGUGUUCCAGGCACGUCCUACUGGGAGGAGUCCCAGAGGAAGACCCAGGACAUGCUGGAGGGACUAAGUUUCACAACUGGCUUGGGAAUGCCUUGGGAUUUUCCCCAGAGAAGCUGGCCCGAAUGGCUGAGAAAAGUCUGGGUCUCCCUUAGGCUGCUGACCCCAGGUAAAUGAAAAGCAAGUGAUAGAUGGAUGGACAUUGUUACUACUAACCAUCAACUGUUUUUCCCUCCCCCAUGACAGUGGUCUUUGUAAUGAAAUACAUGAUACUUACUGAAAAAGAUGCAGUAGAUAAAAACUGACAGAUAGAAAGAGACUGAAGGAUAGAAAAGACUGAUAAAAAAAGAAAGUUAGUUCAAGCAGCAUUAUUUCACCUGGCAGUAUUCAGUAUUAAGCGAUGCCUUCCUCGACUCCAUUUUCAUCGUAAUAAAACUUACCAGCCCAGCAGAUUUCCUUUCAACUGUUAUGGGUUGCCUGUCAAAUGUCAUCAUUUGCAGAUAAAUUGCAGUGCCGUGCUUCUCCUUUAUGUCAUUGAAUUAAAGUGUUUGGUAGAUGAGAUUUAGCAAGAUAUUUCUAUGGAAAUACAAGAUGGACAAAACACGGCCACCAGCAUAAGUUCCUUUGGUUAGUGCAUGCUUAACAGAGAUUAUUUGAAGACUUGGCAGCAAACGCAGGUUGUAGUGGAUUAGAUACGUGUGUCUGUGCUGUUGGUUAGUUUUCUUUGUUUUCCUGCCACUCCUGUAGAUGUGAUGAGUAAAACCAGAAUGUCUGUUUUCUACACUAGAAAUAGAUGGAUUUUCCCCCCAAGAACUGUGAAUCAAUAAAUAUUUUUUUGUUACAGUAUG